ACAAGUGCACUCAGAGGUCCUGCUGCAGCAUCAGCAGCUGUGUGUUCAUCAGGGACACCAUGCAGACAGGUACAGGUGUGCUCGUGCUCUCCUUAUGGAUGACACUGGGGCUAAUGGCAGGUCUGCCAGAGUCGGCUUCAGCAAAGAGCUUCAAUCAACGAGAGUGUAAGACGUACGGCAGUGGCAUGGUCCAGCCCUUUAACGGCAGCGCGUACCACGUGAGGACAUCCUGCUCCGUCACCCUCGUCCACUUCACCCACCAGAGCGUUGACUGUGACAUCACCGCCCAGCGAGGGCACAGCGGACUGCUGACCCGCGUCGAGGUCGUCGUCAACAAAGUCAGAACCGUCGUUCAGAACGGAACCAUCAUGGUGGAAAACCACAGGGUGUCUCUGCCAUACGACCACACCUACCAGCACGUGUUUCACUACGGAGUCCACACCAGACUGAGGAGCAAGGUCCUGCCACUGACCAUCACCUGGCACAGCACCGCCAUGGGCAUCGAUGCCCUCUGGGUGCGACUAGAGGGGAACAGCAUCAGUGGGAUGAAGGGACUGUGUGGACAUCUAAAUACUCCAGCAAAUCCUCCUCAGUUAAUCUCUGAGGCGGUGCUUGAGGACGACACGUGUGUGAUCGAAGACUCACGUGAGAAGAACAACAUGGCGUGCGGGGAAUUCAUGUCCCAUGCCAUAUCCUGCCUGAUGAACCGGGCCGAGGCCUUCUUCCACCUGUGCCAGCAGAACGCCUAUGGCUGGGCAGGUAGUGCUCACAUCACCUGUCCCUUCUUCUGGGACGUUGCUCAGAGGUGUGGACCGGCCAGCAACCUCUGGGAUGUGUGGAGAGUUGUCACACAAUGCCCCGCCCCGGACUGCCCAGGAGAGCUGACCUAUCAGGAGCUGGGAAACGCCUUUACCCCCACCUGCUCCAACCCCACCUCCCGAGCGGGCGACCAGGACGUGACCAGCACCUGUGUGUGCCCACAAGGUAAGGUACUGAAUGACCAUGCCGAGGGCCACGAUUGUGUGAGUGUGGCUGAGUGUCCCUGUGUGUACGGCGGCAGCAGCUACCCACCAGGAACCUACAGAGGAACCAAGUGCCAGACAUGUGAGUGUGUGUCUGGAAAGUGGCGGUGUUCUGAAGACAUCUGUCCUAAGAAAUGCUCCGUUGAGUCCCAGUUUGUGACGUCUUUCGAUGGAAAACACUUCAGACUGCCAGGCAAAUGCUCUUACGUGGCAGCACAGGGGUUGAACUGGACGCUUACCGUUCACUUCUCUGAGAGAGCCAUCAAACUGCAGAGAGUGGAGUUGAAGAUUUACCACGAGAGCUACGUCUUCACCCACUCAAGGGUGAUGUUUCAGAAUGAAGAAAUCAGAGAGCGGCAUCAAACCGCUUUUGUCACCGUUUUCUGGCAGUCCUCCAUGUUUGUUCAGGUCCUGGCCCUCUCAGGCCUCACCAUACAGGUGCAAAUGGCCCCCGAGAUCCAGGUCUACGUGUCCUUGCCUACAGAGCAAAAUGGAACCACUACAGGCCUUUGUGGGAACUUUAACGGGGACUCAGGGGAUGACUUUACCACCAGCAGCGGCAUAGUGGAGAACUCUGCGGAGCCCUUUGCCCUCUCCUGGUCCCUAGAGAGCUGUGAGCCCAACAUCAACCCCCUCUGCAUUAACAUGGACAGCGAAAUAUUUGCUGAUGAGCACUGCAACCAGCUGAGGGAUCCUCAUGGGAUAUUCAGCUUCUGCCACAGUCAUGUUCCAUACGACCACUAUUAUCAGGCCUGCCUCAGUAAAACAUGCCACUGCCAGUCGGGGCUUCAGUCGUGUCUCUGUGUCGCCCUCGGCAACUACGCCAAAGCCUGUGCUUCUGUUGGGGCCUCUCUGGGAGACUGGAGAGCAGCAGCCAACUGCACGGUGACGUGUGCGACCAACCAGGGGUUUGACUACGCAACACAGGUGUGCAACCGCACCUGCCGCUCGCUGGCGGGGCCCGACCCUACCUGUGAGCUGGAGGCGGAGCCUGCGGAGGGCUGCGGUUGCCGGGAGGGAACCUACCUGAAUGACCACGGCAGCUGCAGUCCCCGCUCGCAGUGCCCGUGUCACCACAUAGGGGGCGCCACACUGCCAGGACCAGUCGUCAUUGACGGAAGGGCAUGCAAUUGUGAAGAUGGAAAGCUGAACUGCUCAGAGGCCUGUGUUUGCCAAGAGGAAAAAGUGUGUGUGCACUGUGCGUAUUUACACGUUAACACUGCACAGAAAACUUGUGAGAGCUUGAGCAAGCCAGUUAGUUCUGCAGUGUGCAGCACCGGCUGCUAUUGUCCAGAUGGCCAGUAUGAGGACCACAAGGGAAUGUGUGUGUCUGAGGACAACUGCACAUGUGUGUUUAGCGGGAGUGUGUACGGCCCUGGGGAGAGGGUAGAGACCAACUGCAAGAUAUGCACCUGCAGUGGAGGGCAUUGGACCUGCACUGGAGAGUCGUGCCCAGGACGGUGCCAGGUGUUUGGUAACGGUCACUACCAGACCUUUGACUCCAGGUGGUUCAGCUUCGAUGGGAACUGCCAGUACACCCUGCUGGAGGAUGGCUGUGGGAGGGGCAAUGGGCAGUUUGCUGUCAGAGUGGAGAGCAUUCCCUGCUGUGAUGAAGAGCUGACCUGCUCCCGCACCAUCACUCUGGACCUGCUGGAUGAGGUGUCGCUGGUGCUGGGGGACAUGUCUGUGUCCUCCAGGUCCUCCAACACAGGGGGAGAGAUGCUGUACUCCGUCCACACAGUGGGGCUCUACAUCGUGGUGUCCGUACCGCGCCCAGGCCUCACACUCAUCUGGGACAAACACACACGCCUAACCGUGCUGCUGGAGGCAAGGUUGAGGGGUCAAGUGUGUGGCCUGUGUGGGAACUUUGACUCCAGCGAGGCCAACGACCUGAUGAGUAGCGGCUCGUUGCUGGCGUCCAGUGCACUGGAGUUUGGGAACAGCUGGAAGACGGGCACGCCACCCUGUUCCGACGUGACGACCGAGACCUUCCCCUGCCAACGCCACUCCUACUGCUCCAACUGGGCCGAGAGACGCUGCAUGAUCAUAACUGGAGACACCUUCAAGGAGUGCCACUUAAAGGUGGACCCUGAUCCGUACUACCAGGCCUGUGUACUGGAGGCAUGCUCCUGUGAGUUCGAGGGCAAGUUCCUGGGCUUCUGCACGGCUGUGGCAGCUUACGCUGAAGCCUGCAGUGAGCAGAACGUCUGCGUCCACUGGAGGACUCCAGAUCUGUGCCCUGUGUUCUGUGACUACUAUAACAGGGAGGGUCAAUCUAGCUGGCACUAUGACCCAUGCGGAAAAGUACCAACCUGUGGAAGAAACUACAAGUUCAAUGGCACACUGGAAGGCUGCUACCCCAGGUGUCCUGCAGAGGCGCCAUACUAUGAUGAGAACACCGGGAACUGCACCACACGGCAGAACUGCACCUGCCUCUUCAAUGGUACAGUCCUAACACAUGACACUGGAGUGAGCACGCCCAGUGGACACUGCACAUGCACAGAUGGAACCAUGGAGUGUGAGCCAUAUCCUACAACAACACCACCAACAACACCCACAACAACCACAACCACAGAACCACCAACUACAACGGAAACAACAAUCUCAACCACAGAACCACCAACCACAACAUCAAUAACAACCUCAACCACAGAACCACCAACACCAACCACAACAUCAAUAACAACCUUAACCACAGAACCACCAACUACAACAUCAAUAACAACCACAACCACAGAACCACCAACACCAACUACAAUAGCAACGACAAGCUCAACCACAGAAUCACCAACAACAGCACCAACAACCACCACUGUGGAAACCACAACACCUACAACUACAACAGCAACAACGUCAACAACUGCAAUAGUGACCACAGACUGGUCAACCAUGGAACCAACAACAACCACCACCACAACAGAAACUUCAAAAACUACAACUACACCAUCAACAACUCCUACAACAACUACAACCGUGGAGCCAACAACAGCAUCAUCAGCCACAACAACUACAAUGACAUCCACAACCACUAUGAAACCUCCGACUUCAACUUCGUCCACAAGCACAACUAUGGAAACAACUGCAACCACAACUACAACUGUGGAACCAUCAACAGCUACUUCAUCAUCAACAGUAGAACCUACAACGGAACACACUAAAUCAACCACGUCUAUAACUUCUACAACUGAAUCAACAACUACAACAAAAACAACAACCACAACCACAGAACCACCAACACCAACUACAAUAUCAGUAUCAACCUUAACCACAGAACCACCAAUUACAACAGAAACAACAAUCUCAACCACAGAGCCACCAACACCAACCACAACAUCAAUAACAACUUUAACCACAGAACCACCAAUUACUACAUCAAUAACAACCACAACCACAGAACCACCAACACCAACUACAAUAGCAACGACAAGCUCAACCACAGAAUCACCAACAACAGCACCAACAACCACCACUGUGAAAACCACAACACCUACAACUACAACAACAACAACGUCAACAACUGCAAUAGUGACCACAGACUGGUCAACCAUGGAACCAACAACAACCACCACCACAACAGAAACUUCAAAAACUACAACUACACCAUCAACAACUCCUACAACAACUACAACCGUGGAGCCAACAACAGCAUCAUCAGCCACAACAACUACAAUGACAUCCACAACCACUAUGAAACCUCCGACUUCAACUUCGUCCACAAGCACAACUAUGGAAACAACUGCAACCACAACUACAACUGUGGAACCAUCAACAGCUACUUCAUCAUCAACAGUAGAACCUACAACGGAACACACUAAAUCAACCACGUCUAUAACUUCUACAACUGAAUCAACAACUACAACAAAAACAACAACCACAGAACCACCAACACCAACUACAAUAUCAGUAUCAACCUUAACCACAGAACCACCAAUUACAACAGAAACAACAAUCUCAACCACAGAGCCACCAACACCAACCACAACAUCAAUAACAACUUUAACCACAGAACCACCAAUUACUACAUCAAUAACAACCACAACCACAGAACCACCAACACCAACUACAAUAGCAACGACAAGCUCAACCACAGAAUCACCAACAACAGCACCAACAACCACCACUGUGAAAACCACAACACCUACAACUACAACAACAACAACGUCAACAACUGCAAUAGUGACCACAGACUGGUCAACCAUGGAACCAACAACAACCACCACCACAACAGAAACUUCAUUUACAACUGCACCAUCAACAACUCCUACAACAACUACAACCAUGGAGCCAACAACAGCAUCAUCAGCCACAACAAUGGCAACCACAACCACUAUGAAGCCUCCGACUUCAACUUCGUCCACUAGCACAACUAUGGAAACAACUGCAACCACAACUACAACUGUGGAACCAUCAACAGCUACUUCAACAUCAACAGUAGAACCUACAAUGGAACACACUACUUCAACGUCUAUAACUCCUACAGCCACAUCCAUGCCUACAACUGCAAAGACUUCAACAACCACUUCCAUGGAAACAACAUCUUCAACUGUGACCACCACAACUACUAUGAAACCUUCAACUUCCGCAAGCACGCCAGAAGAAACAACAUUUGAAACAAGGGAGCCUUCAACACCUAAAACCACUUUGACCACAAGGGUAGCGUCAACAAUAACUACCACAGUAUCAACCACAGUGGAGCCCACAACAGUGGUAACUUGGGAACCAACGUCAGAGAUAUUCACAUCCUCAACCAUGCAGUCCACAACUACAGUAUUAUCAACCUCAACAGCCACAACAGCGCCUACCACCAUAAGGCCUACAACUACGACGGCUCAAACAACUUCAACCACAGAACCCACUAGAACUACAACUACGAUACGAUCAACACCAGCGCCUACCACUGUGAAGCCUACAACUACGACGGCUCAAACGACUUCAACCACAGAACCCACUACAACUACAACUACGACUACAACUACGACAGCUACGGUUCAACCAACGGUUCAAACAACUACACCUGUGUGUGAGUGCAGGGGCGUGCGGAGGAACGAGAGCUGGCCGUGCGGGGCGAGGUGGACGGAGGACUGUUCUCAUAGAGAGUGCCGUGGUGGGGAAAUCGUCAUGACCCCCGUGACCUGUCCAGAGAGUCCAGUGCCAGCAUGCCCUCGUGGGGACGUGGUCACGGUUGAGGGGGAGUGCUCCUGUAGGACUUACACGUGUAACUGUCGGUGUGAGGUGUACGGCGACCCCCACUACAUCAGCUUCCAGGGCACCACCUACGACUUCCUGGAAAAUUGCACCUACACGCUGGUCCGGGAGCGGUUGCCACGGUACCAGCUCAGCAUCGUGGUGGACAACUACUUCUGCAUCCCAUGGUUGGCAGGGUCCUGCACGAAGGGCAUCAUGAUGACGUUCCGAAACCACACCAUCACCCUCAGCAUCCAGCAGGAUCAAAACAGAGUGGCCGCCACCCUGAACCAGGUCGCUGUGCGCCCCCCCUACGAGGAGGAUGGCAUCCGCUUCGAGACCACGGGACUCGUGGUGUCUGUCUACAUCGAGGAGAUCCGCUCCCACGUCUCACUGACCCCCUCAAACACGCUGGUCGUCAGCCUGGCCAUGGAGCACUUCCUGAACAACACAGAGGGACAAUGUGGUGAGUGUGGAGGCAGCUCUUGUGUGCGCCCUGGUGGUGUGAGAGAGAAGGACACGUGCUGUCCAAAGACUGCAGCGGACUGGAUCCAUCCUGACCCCCGUAAACCCUACUGCACCUCCACACUACGAAACAUGCCCUGUGACUUACCCCCUGCACCAACACCAACACCAACUACUGACUGUCCCCCUGCUCCCAUCUGUGACAUCCUCAAACACUCUGUGUUUGCAGCGUGUGGAGAGGUUGUGGAUCUGGCAGAGCUGGAGCGUAGCUGCCAGUUUGACGUGUCCUGUACGUAUCAGAACAUGUCCUGCUCAGUGCUGGCGCAGGCUGCUGAGGAGUGCAAGAAGGAGGGCUUCUGUGUGGAGUGGCUCCACCUCACCAACGGCAUCUGUGACGUGUCCUGUCCAGAUGGGUUGGUGUACCAGGAGUGCCGUAUCCACCUGGAUGACCACUGCAGUGGAAGUCUGCGUGUGUCUGGUCGUGUCCUGGAAGAGAUGAGGUCCGGCUGCUUCUGCCCAGAGUCCCAGUUACGAUCCGGGGAGCACAAUGAUGUGUGUGUGGACACCUGCACUGGCUGUCAAGGUCCGUAUGGGGAGCCAAUGCAGCCUGGUGACACCUGGGAGUCCGGCUGUAAGAUCUGUACCUGUGAUAACCGGACCAGAACCACCGAGUGCCAGGACCGGCUCACUCUCCCUGCCCCCCUCUGCAGUCCAGACUCCAUGCUGGUGACAGGCUGCUGUGGAGUCCAGACCUGUGUGGAGAGGACAUGUCCGUACAAAGGACACACUUAUGAGGUUGGAGAUCGCUGGUCAGACCCCUCAGAGAAGUGUGUGUCAUUUAGCUGCACCAGCAGCGGCACCGUUAUGGAGAAGAAAGUGUGUCCUCAGGAGAACUGCCCAGAGGAGCUUCGUAUCUGGGAUGAGCACCACUGCUGUUAUUUGUGUAACCACACCUGUGGCCUGAGACUCGCCUGGGUGAACCUGACGGUCGACUUCUGCUUCGCCUCCGUGCAGCUGCCCACCUGUGAGGGACAGUGUGACUCCCGCUCUAGGUGGAUUGUGGAGGGCGGAGUCCUGCAGGUGGAGGGGGUGUGUCCUCUGUGUCAGGAGGUCUUUUGGGAUGAGCGUGUCGUCUACCUGACAUGUAACGGACACACACCCACACCAUUCCGCUACAGACACAUCACUUCCUGCCACUGUGCUUCACACCUGAGCACACCUGAGCUACAGGCUUCAAACUAGAGGUGGAAAACGCUGGCUUCAGAAAUUAAACGACUUACCAUGUGUUGGUUCUACCUGUGCACCUAACACAGGCAAUUUCAUUAAUUAGCUGACCUACCUGGCUGAGGAGUAGUGCUAAUUAGAAUCAGUUCGUUUCUAGUGAAUAGUAGAAACAAAAUAUGGGAUAUAUGGGAGUUUUAUAUAUAAUAUAUAGGAGUUUUACUCUCUGAAGCAGGAGUGUCCCACCUCUGGAGCGAUCAGGAAAAUCAGCUGCUAAUGCGCCAUAGCAGCCAGGCAGCAUAAUUAGCAGCUAAAUUCGCCACUAAUGCACCAUGCACUCAACCAGCAAUUCAAUCAAUGUUUUUGAUCAUAUUUUAGUUAGUGGUCUUAUUUUUUACCAAUUUUACCUUGAUUUUUACCAAUCGAUUAAAUAAUCAAUUAAAUUAUUGUUGGUGUUUCAGUUGGACUGCAUAUCAGUUUGUUCACUAUUUUGUUUGAAUGUUAAUUUCUUGCGCUUCAUCUUGCACUUUAUGGAGGUUCAAUUAUCUUUGCUCUUUCAUUUUUUCUUCAAAUGACCAGUGUGUGUGUGUACAAUGCCUUGUCUAAAUGUAUACGAUUCAUAAAGAAACAACAGCUAAAUCAUGUUUUCUCUCUAUGUGUAAAUGAGCCGCCAUGCUGUUUGAUUUUAUUUACAGUAAACACACUCUGUUAAUGGCCCUUUCUCAUCAUUUCUGGCUCUGGAUGUUUUUGGUUGGGGGUUUGAGGCCCUCUCUCUCUCUCUUUCUCUCUCUCCUGUUUUCUCUUUCUUUCUUUCUUUCUUUCUCUCUCCCAUUUUCUUUCUCUCCAACUCUCGCUCUUUCUUUCUCUCUCCUGUUUUCUCUCUCUGUCUCUUUCUCUCUUCUGUUUUCUCUCUCUCCCUCUCUCUCUCAUCAGCCCUCUCUGAGUUUCUCUUUACUGUAUGUUGUUGCCAUAAAACAGGCAGCAGAAAUCCAUACCUUUAUAUUCUGGAUGGUGUGUGUGAGGCAUCACAUAUUGUAUUUGUUGUAGUACAGCUUGUAUGUCUAUGUGCAUGUAUGGAAUCCUUACAUGUACAAUGCAUGACUGUUCUUCAUGGGAUGUUUUCUAUUUUCAUACCCUGUCAUAUCAAUAUACACAAACAUACCGGGUGAUUCCUUUAAUAAACUUUGAAAUAUUG